UUCAAGUCACUCCUAAUCACUGUCAACUUUCAACGGCCGUGAUUGAGAGCGUCCUGCGACCACAAAUGCUUACAUUCCCAUUGUUUAAAGGUCUGGAGGAUUGUCACACGCGCGCCUCAUGAAUCAAUGUUGGGAUUAUAUUUGAAGAUGAAGAAGUUUUUCUUUGGAUGAGCGUAAAGUGGAAUACUUUCCUUCACAAGGAAAUACUAAACUUCAUGUCUCUGGAAUUCAAGGAAUCGCAAGAAUUUGACAUUAUAAGGAACUUUUUCCUCACUUAAACAUGUUAACAGGAGAUGAUUACUCUGUCCAGGUCAAUCUGAGUGAUUAUCUGGAUAUACUGUGUCCCCACUACCCUGCCAGCCACCCGUCGACCGGUCCCGCUGAGACUCUUGCACUCUACCUGGUGGCUGAAGGCCAGUUCAGAGGCUGUGUGGAGACUAAAGAGGCCAUUAAGAGAUGGGAGUGUAACCAGCCGUACGCUCCCUACGGCCCUGUCAGAUUCUCUGAGAAGAUCCAGCGCUUCACACCCUUCUCCCUGGGCUUCGAAUUCCUGCCAGGACAUCAUUACUACUAUAGCUCACUAUCGACGGAUGAUGGACCCCCCCUCCCUUGUAUGAAGCUACGAGUCACCGUGUGCUGUCCGCCCACAACAGCCGGAUCAUCACGACGAGAAGCCACAGAGACAUCAGAGACAUCAGACCGCAACGCUUUUCAUCAUGUGACAGGCGGACAAAUUUCCCUACUCCUCAUUUUCCUUUCCUUGCUAUUUUUCCUGUAGGUCCUGCUCUUAAAUAACUUAAAAACAGACAAGUAAUAAAUUCCAGGAGAUAUUUUCUAUAUCUAGUUGCAUUACACUAAAUGCUAUUCAACCCUCCUAGGGUGGUGCUCUGAAUUAAAUACACACACACACACACACACACACACACACACACACACACACACACACACACACACACACACACACACACCCACACACAUUCUGGUUUCCAUGUUUUGUGGGGACAUUCCAUAGACGUAAUGCAUUUUAUACCGUACAAACUGUAUAUUCUAUUCCCCUAACCUACCCCAUUCCCUAACCCCAACCAUCACAGAGACCCUUCUACUACUUCACAUUUUCAAGAAACAUCAUUCUGUUUGAUUUAUAAGCUUGUUUCCUCAUGGGGACAUCAAAAUGUCCCCACAAGGUCACAAAAACACUGGUAUUCCUAUC